AACAUGAAGUCCACCGACACCCACUCUCCCCUCCCCUUUUCCUUAAGCCUCCUCAAAAAAUCCCCUUCGCACCAGCCCAGAAGAAUCCGAAAGCGAGACUCACAGCUAGUCAACUUCGUGGCUAGCUCACCACUGUGAGAAGAGAGGAACAGAAAUAAGAAUCUUGGAGGUUUCGGAGCUAGAACAGGAACUGUACAGAGAGGACCAAGAAUUUUGGAACGGGCUUCAGAGUUUGAAUCCCUGAUAAAAGAUAAUUAUGAUACGAAAUAAUAUUCAGAACUUUCAACAAAAUAUGUUCAUGGAGGCUUAUCAAAAAGGACUUGAUGCAUACAAAGAGAAGGAUUUUAAAUAAAGUUCAUCAGAAUGCAAUUUCCCAGAUUCAGUCCUUAAAUCCUAGCCCCAAAAAGCAGAAGAAAAAGAAGAAUUCCUCAGGUCCUUUCAAAGACAAAGGGCGGCUUAGUCUCAAUGUGAUUGACAAAAGGUUUAAUGUGGCUAAAUAACUCUUUGCAAAAGCCUAAAAUGAAGAAGAUCCAAAGUCAACCAAUGAUCAAGGUUCAUCAAGAUCCAGGAGAUAUCAAACUUAAGAUUCCUAAGAAAGAGGAAAACAAGAGCAGAAAUGAUGGAUCAAGAAUUUUAAAGCAAUUUUCCAGACCAAGAAACCAUGCUGCUAUCAACAAAAUGAUUAAAGGGCUUUAUCAAGGCCUUAAAAAUUCACCAGAGCUAAAGCUCAAGCUUCUUCAUAACAAGUCAAAAGUAAUGAAAAGAAGACAAAGAAGACAUAUAUCUGUUGAAAGAGUUCAAGCUAACCAAAUCUCUCAGGUUAAUCCUCAAGUAAAAUCCCGGAAUAUAAAUGUUAUGAAAACUUUGAAUCUGAAAGCUCUUAAGCUUCCAUACGCAAGCAAAAUAUUUCAAUAAGUCUCUUCCAAAA